AUGACUAAACAUUUAUUCAUUAUUCAUGCAUACAUUUCAAUUCACUUCCUCGCUUGUUAUUACACACAAUUAAAUUCAAGAUCAAGUAUCAAUGUGUUAUCGACAUGUAAAUGGUGUACGAACUGUAGUAAAAUUAUGCCUUGUAAUUAUUCAAAAUGGAUAGGUGGAUGGGGACUACCAAAUCAGUCAUUUAUAAACAACUAUACUCUUAGUAUGGUCCAAACUUCAUCAUCGUGCUUAAAUGAAUGUCUAUCGAAUCCCCUAUGUUAUUCAUACACAAGUCCAACUGAUUUACCAACACAAUGCACCUUAUAUUCAAAGCCGAUCAAUAUAACUAGUGAAUUAUACAAUCGUACCGCAUUCGAAUUUGGAACACAAAUAUGCUGUAAUGAUAUUAGAAACUAUGGAGUUAUCAUGUCACCGUGUCUCCCAUGUUCCACUUGUACAAAACUCAUGCAAUGUAAUCAAACAUAUUAUGUAGUGAAGCCAGGAUUACCGAACAAUCAAUUCCUCAGUACCUAUUUGCUCAGGCAAGUCAAUGCUACAAUAAAUUGUGCUAGUGAAUGUGAACUCAAUCCCUACUGCAUGUCGUUUUCCUAUAUUGUUGAUCGUCCAAGAUGGUGCUCACUAUUUAGUGGUGUCAUGAAUACAACUGUAAUACACAAUGAUACGAUGGAACAAAUGACUGGUGGGAAAGUAUGUUGUGGUAAGUGA